CACUUCCGCCCUGGGUGCGCCGCGGGACUCAGGCCGCCCGCGCUGUCGCUGCGUCCAGCUCUUGUAUCGGGGGGAGCUGGACUCAGCAAGGUCUCUGCGGAGCAGUCUCGGGUGUCCCGCUGGUUUCUCCGAGAAUGAAGGCGUCUUGCGCGCCGCGGAAGGCGCCGCCCCGCUGCUCCGAAAGACUGGCUUCUGGGCGUUCCGUCGGGGUGCUUCUGCUGGCGCCGCUGCUCCUGCUGCCCACGUCCUCCGAUGCCUGUGAUGAUCCGCCAAGAUUUGUCACUAUGAAGCCCAAGGCUGACCCUGCAUCCAGUUAUAGUCCUGGAUUUGUCACUGUGAAACCCCAGGGUGACACUACGUCCGGUUAUCGUCCUGGAUUUGUCACUGUGACACCCCAGGGUAACACUACAUCCGGUUAUCCUCCUGGGUAUCGGAUUCUGUAUGAAUGUCGUCCGGGUUUCCAGCCAGUGACUCCUGGUCAAGUCCUCGCUAUUGUCUGUCAGGGUGAUUAUACAUGGUCAUCUCUCCAGGAGGGCUGUAAAAGAAAACAGUGUUCCAACCUAGCUGAUCCCAUAAAUGGCCAAGUUAUCUUUGUAAAUGGAAGUGUUGAGUUUGGUUCACAGGCUCACUAUGUUUGUAAUCAGGGUUAUUACUUGAUCGGGACAAGUAUUUCUCAUUGUGACAUUUCUGGAAAUGAUGUGGGCUGGACUGAUUAUCCUCCAACAUGUGAAAAGAUUUUGUGCAAACCACCUGAAGAAAUUCCAAAUGGAAAAUACACCAAUAGCCACAAGGACGUAUUUGAAUACAGUGAAGUAGUAACUUAUAGUUGUGAUCCUUCAAGUGGACCAGAUGAAUAUUCACUUAUUGGAGAGAGCAGGCUUACUUGUGUUGGAAAUGAUGAAUGGAGUAGUCAACCUCCUCAGUGUAAAGUGGUCAAAUGUGAAUAUCCAGCCGUUGAAAAUGGAAUGAUAGUCUCAGGAUUUGGACCAAAACAUUACUACAAAGCGACGGUUGUAUUUAAAUGCAAUGACGGUUUUAACCUUCAUGGCGACAGUAUAGUUGUCUGUGGUGAGAACAGUACUUGGGAGCCUGAGCUACCAAAGUGCAUUAAAGUGUCGAUUCCUCCCAGCACCCACCCUCCAAUUCCCAGCACCCACCCUCCAGUUCCCAGUGUCUCAGUGUCGACUCGCAGCACCCAACAAACAAUGCCCAGUGCCUCAGAUUCCAAGCCCACUUCUCCAACCAUGACUCCAGGACUAACUCAUCCAGGACAUCCCAGCCCUACUGAUGCAACACCCCCUAACGAUGCUGAGGGUUUAGGUGCAGGAUUCAUCGUGCUCAUCGUCAUUGCUCUACUUGUUGGCAUUGGAUUAUUGCUUUGCCUGUACUUCUGUCUUUGCAGACAAAAGAAGAAAGGCACAUACCUAACUGGUGAGAGCCACAGACAAGACAUUUUAUUUCUCUCUGAGAAGAGAUGAGAGAAACGUUUGCUUUUAUCAUUAAAAGGAAAGCAGAAGGUAGCGCUUCGUACAGCACUUACCAGGAUAAAGCAGCCGCUCCAACAGAAUAGAUGACCUGAACCGUUUCCAGGAACACAUGUAUCACUCAGCCAUGAAAAUGAAGGAAAUCUUGCCAUUUGCCGCAAUACAGAUGGACCUUGAGGGGAUUUUGCUGGGUAAUAAGUCAUAUAAAGAAAGACGUGUACUGUCUGAUCUCACUUAUAUGUCGAAUCGGAAAAAAAACAAGCUUUCAGGAAAGAAAAAUGAGAUUUGUCGAAAAUGAGAUUUGCUUCUGUACAAAUAAUCUAUUCCAUAUAUUAUAUCAGCGGUGGGGUGCUGGUGGGGUGGGUUUGAGUAAAGGUGGUCAGAAAAUACAAACCUUCAGUUAUAGGGUGAGAAAGUACUGGGGUGUAAUUAUAGCAUAGUGGCUACCGUGAGUUACUCAUACUGUGUUUAUAUUGGCAAGUUGCUAAGAGAGUGGAUCUUUAAAAGUUCUAAUCACACGGAAGAAAAAAGUUUUUUGUAGGUCUUGACAUUAUCGAGUCACGCUGUACACCUUGAACUUAACGCAAUGCUAUCUCUCAAUUUUGUCUCAAUACUGAAGGAAAGAAAUAAAAAGAUUAUUUGCUGCUUUCUUACACUGUCAGAAAUAAAACUGCUAAGCGAUAGCCGUAGGAAUAGUAAAACAUUUUAAUGUGGCAGAAGUAUAGUCACUAUUCUUUAAUGCUUCUUUGAAACAUGUAUGAAUUUAGGUUUGAACACCUUGCCUGUUUUUCCUUAAAUAGCCCUUGAUUUAUGGGGCAGGUCAACAUGGUAUUCCUGGUAGUGUUAAGGUAGGGAAAUGUGGUGUUUUUUGGUUUUUUUUUUCUAUAAGAUCUCCAAACUCAGAGAAAUAUAUUGCAAAAUGAUAUUACAUUCCAUUUGCAAAGAAAGUGAUUUUGAAAUCUUUUUUUGUUCAGAGAUGAUUACCAGUUCUUAAGGUUCAUUCUUUUGAGUUUCUUAACUAAGAAUAUUGCUGGAAAAUAUUCUUAUAUUAAAUAGAUUAAAAUGCUAUUUUUUAAAAUUUGUAACCUCUUGGUAAUUUAGAGAUGCUAUUAAGUUUUUGUCUGGCGUUUGUUCUUCACCCCUUUUAUUUGUAAUAAGCCAGUCUGAGAAACGAAGAAUUCAGCAUCAGUUUCAGGCUUCUGUACAAAGUUAGAGUAUUCUUAGCACCCAUGGCAAUAAUGCCAGCUCAGGACAAAGUGAACGCUGUGGCCUUAAAGUUUUCUUAAGAAAAUUCCACUUUAUUAUUAUUAUUAUUGUACUAUAGUUGUUUUUUUACAAUGUUGUAUCUGUUUCUGCUGAAGAAUUCUACUCUCUAAGAGAGUUAGAAUCCACUCUAACGUCUGGCUCUAGGGGGUUUUCUCUGCCCACCUGCAUAAGAUAUGUCUUACUUUACACAUGUCAUCAGAAUGUAAGCAGUUUUGUAGGGAAUAAAUUCAUCAGAUAACCUCAGGUCGUAUCAGAAUCUUAAGUCUUUGUGGGCUCCUCACCUCAUCUGUAAAGGGCAGAGUAAAAAUGAAGCCCUGUAUUUCAGAAAAGCAAACUCAACUCUGUGGAUGUAGGUCAUGCAAAGGGAAGGAGAGAGGAAACAUUCUCAGGUGGGUCUGGACACUCAGGUGGGACAGACCCCAGCCUGCUUCUCUGUCCUCACACCAGUGGCCACAGAGGAGGGACUCUGCUGUAACUCAGAUUUUUACAGGUUUUGUUUUACACCUUAAAAAAAAAUUUUUUUUUUCUGUUUUAAAUUUUUUGGCCAUACCUUGACAUGCAGAGCUAUCCAAGCUGAGAUCAGACCUGUGCCCCCUACAGUGGAAACACAGAAACCCAACCACUGGACCGCCAGGAAGUGGAAGGUCCUCACAGUUCAUAGUUAGUAGCACAAACUGGGCCAAAGAAAAGUUGCCUUAGAAAGGUGUGAAUGAGGACUCAAGGGUGAACAGGAGUAAAUACUGUUUUUCUCCCUAAGGACAUGUUUGUAAGGCCCUGUGUAAGUGGUCCUUCCCUUUGUAAUCUUGGGUAAGGCACUUGGAAGAUAAGUUUGAACAGAAUAAAUUCAGGAAUUCUGAGACAAAUCCAGAGUUGAAGUUUUGCUGUACCCUUUUAUCACAUACUCUUCAAGAAUCUAACACUUUCUCAGAAGCACAGAGGUGGCUGUGGUACAUAUUGCUUAAAACCUCAAGGAAAUGUUUUCAACAAAAGUUUAUUGUGCUUACCAAAAUAGACUUUCACAAUAGUUUCCACUUCAAAUUUAGUUUUUCCAGUGUUAACAUAGUUAUAUGUAAGAUUGAAAUACGUGUGUACAUAUAAAUUAUGUUCUGUCUGCAAAUAACUUGUCAAUUACUUAAAUAUAUGAAGAAACCAUUUUUCUCUAGAAAUGUCUGUCUGGAUGAGAGGGAAAAGUGUAUUUGAAUUUAAACUUAAAACUGCAAGAGUGAUCCCCAGUGGAAUGAGACGUCUCAUGUCUGUAUUGUUUGUUUUCUGAGAAUUGAACCUUUGAAUCUGUUUAAAAAAUAAAAUGUCAUUAUGGAGAA